AUGAAGGUCAAGGCCGACCACGACGAGUCUUCUCCUUACGCUGCCAUGUUGGCCGCUCAAGACGUUGCCGUCAAGUGCAAGGAGGUUGGUAUCAACGCCCUCCACUUCAAGAUCAGAGCUACUGGUGGUACCGGUACCAAGACCCCUGGUCCUGGUGCUCAAUCUGCUCUUAGAGCUCUUGCCCGUUCUGGAAUCAAGAUUGGUCGUAUUGAGGACGUCACUCCUGUCCCAUCUGACUCUACCCGUAGAAAGGGUGGUCGUAGAGGUAGAAGACUCUGA